AAGAUACUCAUAAUUUGAACUUUUGAGUACUUUUAUUUAAGAUUAAAAAAUGGGUAGGAAUGUUCAGCUGUUAUACUUCAAGUUACUGCCACACGAGACAAACUAGUUUUAUUAUAUACUUCAAUAGUUCCUAAAGUGGGUAAAUUCUCCAAAACGUGGUUUGUAUCUGUGAGGAAAUGCUUGGAAAAGUCAAAGCUUAUCCUGCGAGCAGGCAUUAUGGUGUCAUAUAGCUGUUGGCCCCUAAGCAUAUGCAAUUUACUCUCUUCCAUAAACUUUCAUGUUCGGACAAGUAGAAAACAAUCUUUUGAAUUCAUCAAUGUUGGUAAGUUGUAUCAGUAGCAAUAUAGUUGUGAAUGAUGCAAGUCUGAAUCCAACAUUUGCAUUUUUCUAUUCUUCCAAAUGCUACUAGCACGUCAAACAUAGAUAUAUUGAUAAUAUAUUAUAUUCUUUUUUAAGUUUCCUUUUUCUGGAAUCCCAAAUGCACACUAAGUUAUAAGCAGAAACAUUUAAAGCCGGCUACUGAUUUUUUUAUAUGAUUUGUGACAUAUAAAUAAGCUUCUCUAUCUUAUAAAAUGGGGGAAUCACAUACCAUAAAACAGUCACCAUUUCAGCAUCUAGCUUUCUGUCCUCAACCCUUUUGCAUAUCAUGGGGUUUGCCAAAAUUUUGAGUUUCACCUUUCUCCUCUUUAUUGGAUAUACUUUGGUGAAUGGAUCCACCCCAAAGCAUUAUAUAAUUUACAUGGGAGAUCAUUCACACCCCAAUUCAGAGUCUGUCAUCAGAGCAAACCAUGAGAUACUAGCUUCAGUUACUGGAAGUCUCAGUGAAGCAAAGGCAACAGCUCUACACCAUUACAGUAAAAGCUUUCGAGGUUUCUCCGCCAUGAUUACGCCAGAGCAAGCUAAUAAGCUGGCAGAAUAUAACUCUGUUGUGUCUGUUUUUGAGAGCAAAAUGAAUAAGCUCGACACUACACAUUCUUGGGAUUUUCUUAGAUUAGACUCGGUCUACAAGAAUAACCAUAUAGCUCUGGAUUCCACUUCUAAUAUCAUUGUUGGUGUCAUUGACUCUGGGGUGUGGCCGGAAUCAGAAAGCUUCAAUGAUUAUGGAUUGGGUCCUGUGCCUGAGAAAUUCAAGGGAGAGUGUGUUACUGGUGAUAAUUUUACACUAGCAAAUUGCAACAAGAAAAUCGUUGGUGCGCGGUUCUAUUCAAAAGGGUUUGAAGCAGAAACUGGUCCUCUGGAAGACAUUGUCAACAAUAUUUUCUUCAGGUCAGCUAGAGAUAGUGAUGGACAUGGAACACACACUGCAUCCACAAUUGCAGGAUCCAUUGUUGUCAAUGCUAGCUUAUUUGGCAUUGCCAAAGGAACUGCUAGAGGUGGUGCCCCAAGUGCAAGACUUGCUAUCUACAAGGCCUGUUGGUUCGAAUUGUGCAGUGAUGCUGAUGUUUUGUCUGCCAUGGAUGAUGCCAUUCAUGAUGGUGUUGACAUACUUUCNNNNUCCCUUGGCCCUAAUCCUCCACAGCCAAUUUACUUUGAGAAUGCACUCAGUAUAGGAGCAUUCCAUGCAUUCCAAAAGGGAAUUCUCGUUUCUGCUUCAGCUGGAAACUCAGUUUUUCCUCGCACUGCUUGUAAUGUUGCUCCUUGGAUCCUCACGGUUGCUGCUAGCACGGUAGACAGAGAGUUCAGUUCAAACAUCUACCUUGGUAAUUCAAAAGUUUUGAAGGGUUUAUCUUUAAAUCCGAUAAAAAUGGAAGAUUCUCAUGGUUUGAUAUAUGGAAGUGCUGCUGCAGCCUCUGGAGUUUCAGCUACAAAUGCUAGCUUCUGCAAGAACAAUACUCUAGACCCUAACUUAAUCAAUGGAAAAAUUGUUAUCUGCACAAUUGAAAGAUUCACUGAUAACAGAAGAGAGAAGGCCAUAAUAAUAAGGCAAGGUGGUGGUGUUGGAAUGAUACUUAUUGAUCAUAAUGCAAAAGAUGUUGGUUUUCAGUUUGUCAUUCCAAGCACUCUUAUUGGUCAAGAUGCUGUAGAAGAGCUUCAAGCAUACAUAAACACAGAUAAGAAUCCUACUGCUAUAAUUUCCCCAACAGUAACUGUUGUUGGUACCAAACCUGCACCAGAAGCAGCAGCUUUCUCUUCCAUGGGGCCAAAUAUAAUAACACCAGAUAUUAUUAAGCCUGACAUCACAGGACCUGGAGUGAAUAUUUUGGCAGCAUGGUCUCCAGUGGCUACUGAAGCCACAGUCGAACAACAAUCUGUCAACUAUAACAUCAUUUCAGGAACAUCAAUGUCUUGUCCACACAUAUCUGCAGUUGCAGCAAUUAUAAAAUCUUACCACCCAUUAUGGACACCUGCAGCCAUAAUGUCUGCAGUUAUGACAACAGCAACAGUAAUGGAUAACACAUACCACCUCAUAGGAAGAGAUCCAAAUGGAACUCAAACCACGCCAUUCGACUACGGAUCCGGGCAUGUUAAUCCAGCUGCAUCGCUCAAUCCUGGAUUAGUAUAUGAUUUCAGUUCCCAAGAUGUUCUCGAUUUUCUCUGCAGCAAUGGUGCAAGUCCAUCACAACUCAAAAACAUCACUGGUGAACUUACUCAAUGCCAGAAAGCUCCUAUAGCAUCCUACAACUUCAAUUACCCUUCAAUUGGUGUAUCAAACUUGAAUGGAAGUUUAUCUGUUUAUCGCACCGUUACGUACUAUGGUCAUGAACCAGCAGUAUAUGUAGCAAGUGUUGAAAAUCCAUCUGGUGUGAAUGUUACAGUUACACCAGUGGAAAUGAAGUUCUGGAAAAUGGGGGAGAAGACAACUUUCAGGAUUGAUUUCAACCCUUUCAUGAAUAGCAAUGGAAACUUUGUGUUUGGUGCAUUGACAUGGAACAAUGGUAGACAAAGGGUUAGGAGUCCUAUUGGUCUUAAUGUACUGUCAACAUAGAGUUGAGUGCUCUCACACUUGGUUCUACUUUUGGAAAAGUCAAAAUCAAUUUUGGAGGUUAAAAUUGGA